AUGGACGCUAAUGAAACCUUCGUACUCCGUGGGAAGGAUGGCCUCGAUUCUGAAACAGGCCGAGGAGAAAUGAUCCUCGGAUGGCUCGAACGCCUUCAACUUAUCAUUGCCGAGGACAACGUCGGCAAGCCGAGUUACUUCCCGUACAACCAUCGCCUCCAACCGCGACGACUUGACUACAUUGCUCUUCGACACCUCCCAGCUGAGUCGGGGGAUGUCCUCGCACAACGGGACGUAGCAAGCUCCGACCACGAACCCGUCUUCGUCACAGCUGCGGUCAAACCGACCAGACCCCUUAGCAGCUUUGGCAAGAACGGCCGUCGCCAUUACAGCAAAGUGCUGAAGAACCUCCGGAUCAAAGCCAUCGGCCACCGCGGGGGACCAGAACGCAGAGAACUGUGGAAACAGGUCAUGCGACUGCAUGGACAAGAACAUCGCACAUGGCGCAAACAACUGCUUGACAGAACAGCAAUUGGCGACUGGAAUGCUAAGAAGGCGCUCGCCCAAUCAAUGCGAAGCCACGAGUGGGAACUCCCACUGACUGAUGACCCACAGUGGCAAGAAAAGCUCACCGAGCACUUCAAGAACAUCUUCCAGAAGCAGGACAACGCAGUUGUUGAAGCCAAGUUUGCACAGGUGGAUGACCGCCUCGUCCGGCUAUGUAAACAAAACACCUGGACACCUUUCAGUAUGGAAGAACUGGUCUCGAUUCGCAAACGCUGGAAGAACGGACGCGCCUGUGGUCCGGACAUGGUUUCGCACGAAGCCAUGAAAGCCAUGCUGCAACACCCUCGGUGGGGGGGAAUGCUGCUUGAACUCUUCAAUGACAUGCUCUAUACGGUCAAGAUACCACAGUCUAUCGAGAGGGGAGUGAGUAUCCUCCUGGCAAAAACCAACCAACCGGGGGACUGGUCAGAAACAAGACCGAUCACUUUGAGUUCAGCCUUGCUCAAGGCCUUCUCCCAACUACUUCUUUCCAGAGCCGGGGAAGAUGUCAUGACCCCCGCCCGCCUGCAGUGGUCACGGAAAAGCCGGCAAGGUGUAGAGCUGCUCAUGAUGCUUCGACGUGUCUGUCGCGUCGCCUUUGACUUCGGCUUGGAAAUGUUUGUGGCGAAGCUUGAUAUACGCAAGGCCUUUGACUCCGUCUACCAGGAAGCCAUGGCAGACAGAAUUGAAGCAGACGUUGCAUUGAAAGGGGGAAGACCCUGGGAGGCCCGAGCAUGGACGGCACUCUUGCGCUCUGGCAAGAUCACUGUCAACUUCAGGGGGACAACCCUCCACAUGGACCAAACCAAUGGCGUACGCCAAGGAAGCCCUGACAGCCCCGUUGCCUUUGGUUCAGUUGUGGCAAGGGACCUCGACGACUGCAUCCGCCAGGCCAAGAGCACAAAACCCACAACAGGAGACCCACCACCUGAAGAUGGCGGCAGCUACAUGGACGAUACAUACAUUUGGUCCAUGUCACAGGCACAUAUGCAGAAGAUGCUCGACCUGUUGGGGAACACACUCCCCAAAAAAGGUCUCUUCUUGCAUCCCGGCAAAGUUGAUAUCAUCAGUAACAAGACACCAGCCACCUUCCGGGUGGCAGGCAAGGAGGUGACGACCAAGGGGGAGAACCACAUCAUGACCGUCCUGGGGAGUCCCAUGGCUUUCCAUCUCGUACCGAGCAAUAUAGUUAUUGCGGCGAUGCAAACAAGGGGGAGGAAAGCCUUCUGGACACACAGGGGGGAGUUGAUGGCAAAGGAUGGCAAAGGCGCCGAUUUCCAAAAAGAUGAUUUUGCAUACGAUGCUGGUACGUCAAUCAGCGAUCUGGGGUUGCGCUACUUGGCCUUGCAAUGCACAGAUACUGAAGCAAGCAAACUCCAUCCAACUAGCCCAUAUUCGCGAUAUGGCUGGUAUGCGAAGGGGGGACGGCGAAGGCUGGACCACAUGGAAUCAACGUACUCUUCGAAGAACCAGGGGGAUACUCUUCCGCCAUGGGAUCACCAAGAAACACCCGGCAGCAAGCAGAUGGUCCACCUUCAUCCUUGA